AUGACUACGAAGCAAGACCUUCUCGAUUUGAUCAAUGCAGAAUCGGACAAACAUAUCGGCCUCUUGCGAUCUCUUAUCCGAGCGCCGACUCCGAAUCCACCUGGAGACACCAGGCAGGGCAUUGACGUAGUCAAAUCUCACUUGGAGGCAGCCGGCAUUUCAUUUGACAUUAUCGCACCCAAAAGAGAGUCACCAAAUCUGGUCAGCAUUCUCCGAAGGGAGACCGAAUCUGACCACAAGAAGAGCAUAGUUCUCAAUGGUCACAUCGAUCAAUUUCCGGUAGGAGAUGCAGGUCAAUGGCAGCGUGAUCCGUACUCUGGCGAUGUCGAGAAUGGCCAUGUAUAUGGUCGCUCCGGAGUCGACAUGAAAGCCGGCACUGCAGCCUCGAUAAUAGCUUUCAGCUAUCUGCACAAAUUCCGAUCCCAGCUCUCAGGUCGUGCCACUUUGGAAGUCGUGUCAGAUGAGGAAAGUGGUGGAAGAUGGGGCACUCGGUACCUCUUGGAAGAUGAUGGCUCAGAAAACUGGAGUGGUGACUGUAUCUUGAUAGGAGAGCCAAGCGGCCUGGGCAGCAUUCGUUUUGGCGAGAAGGGAACAUUCCGUCUGACUUUCACUGUCACCGCUCAAGCCGCUCACGGUGCUUACAUUCAUCGUAGCGAAGGAGCCAUUCGCAUCGCCUCCAGGUUGAUUGAAAGGCUGGUGGAAAUGGAGAAGCUUGCAGACCUGGGCAUGGACAAGAAAAUUAAGAAGCACAUGCAGCAGCCUGAUGUCCGCAAGGUUGCCGAUGAGAUCAUGUGGCCAGGAGCAGCAGACGCUAUGCUCAUCCCGACAGUCAAUAUUGGCACGAUCAAAGGCGGCGACAAGAUCAACAUGAUCCCUUCCGAAUGUAUCUUCGAAGCUGACAUCCGCAUUCCUAUUGGCGUCAAGACCGACACGAUUCGGAAGUAUAUCGAUGGUAUUCUACAGGACUUCCCUACCGCUUCUUAUUCCGUCCAUGAGGACCAUUCGCAUAUUUCCACGCACAGUCAGCCUGAUCACGAAAUGGUUCACCUCCUGCAAAAGAACGUCAAGCAGCUACGCGGCGAGGAGCCUGUGGCGAUAUGUUCACUUGGCGCUACGGAUUGCAAGCAUUUCAGACGGCACAACGUUCCCGCUUAUGCUUAUGGGCCGCAUCCGAAAGGCAUGGCAGAAAGGGAUGAGAAGGUGAAAAUUGAAGAGUUCCUCGAUACUGUCAAGGUACACACCUUGACUGCAUGGGACUAUCUUGGGGGAGAAAGCUAG